AACUAAUGGCCAUCGGGUUGUCCAUUCUAAAACAUGUCUCUGUUUCUAUAGUUUAAUUGAUCCCCAUAACUACUGUCAAUAAAUACACAUAUAAAUACAAAUGUAUGAAGUUUCUGGACAUUCAGCUUCUCUUGACCAUUAGGAUUAAGUUCAGAGCACCAUUGUAACAAGCAUGCCUGGAAGUGAAAUCGAUCUAGUCAACAGAGAUCCAAAUGGAUUAAACGCACAUUUGGGGACACUUCAUUUUAACGAUGUAUUCGGAGAACCUGAUGGUAUACACAGUAUUGACUGUGUCUGGAAGUUAUCAGCCAAAUGUUUCGACUGCUGGAAGCUGUUAUGUUACAACAUCCUGACCAUCAUCUAUGGUAUCUUUAUUGCUGCUGAAUGGGGAUGUGAAUUCGCCAUCAUUGCUUUCUACCAUAUCUGGAUUAUCUCACCAUGUAUGAAGAUCAUCGAGAUUAACUGUGGAGUUUGUCAGCGAAUCUAUGCAUCAUGUGUUAAUUGUUGUGUUAUACCAUGUUGCGAGGCUUUGGGUUCAGUGUUCCAUCAUUUCAAGAAAUGAGGAGAUAUUUGGAUUGUUUUAUAACAAAACUAGAAUAAAAGACAAGUUUUGGAACAAGUCUGCAAAUACGAAUAGUACUGUUCGAUCUAUCUGAAGUACUUUCAUCGAUUAACUUUACCUACUGUGAUACUUGAAAACCAACUUUAAAUAAAUACUCUAUACCUAUA